AUGAAUGCCUAUAGAGAUCGCGACAAAGUAAUCCUGAGAACAAAGGAGAUUGCUCGCCGUAUCAAGGAAAUUGAAAAGGAACAAAGCAAAGUAAUUGCAGACCUUAAUGUCUACCGGAAGGAACGAGUGAAUGGUGCUUUGAGGGAGCUAUCCGAAUAUCUCUCGUCGGACGUUGUAAAGCCCACUUCACUUCAUGGACAAAGGACGAAGUGCCAGCCCCAGAAAACUCCUGGGAGGUAACAGAAAACCAAAUCGCAAAAGUUCUCUCCAGGCGGCUAGGUGAUCUCAUAGAGAAAUGGGAAGAGGACAAGCAAGUGUUUGCAGGUGCUCGCGCGUCAAUCGAGCAACACUUUCAGGAGCGUUACAAUUUCAUGGAAGGUAAGCUGAGGGAUCUUCAGAACGCCAUCACUGUUGACAUAACAGAUGUUUCAGGGGAUCAGCUUCAGCUUUCUCAAGCAAAUUUCUCCUUGGCUAAAAAAGUCGUCAUUGGGGUCACAAGUCCAAUCUGGGUUCCACUUCGUUUAGUUGCUUUGGGGAUCGGCGUUCCUAUUUAUGGUAUCGUGGCUAUGAGAAGCAAGUUGGAGGAUAGAAAGAAAAUGAGGAAUUACGAAGAGGACAAAUGUGCCUUUAUGAGAGAAGCGUCGGCAGUGUAUCUUGAAAAUGUGAUAGACGAUAAAUGGCUAAGGCCUUUCGUGAAGGAACAAAUGAAAGAAGCCAAAAUCUACCUCAAGCAGAUUGAAGCCCGUCUACCAGAAUUGAUUGAAGCAGACAAGAUGCUAUGCAAACAACUUUGUGACGAAACGCGUUCACAGAGAGAGAUAACUGAACGUUACCGGCCCAUAAUGGAUGAAGGUUCUCAUCUCAGAGGACGCUUAGCAGAAUUUGGGUUCAAAGAGGUUCGAGCCACUGAUAUCAGUGCUGAUAAUCUAGAAUGGAAAGAGGAUGUUCCUUCCCCAGUGGGAUGCGGUGCAUUAGGUGUUGUGUACCAGGCAAAGAUGAAAAGAAAUAAGGCCUACAUCACCGUGGCUUUGAAGGUGUACCAAAGCGUGCUUGACGCUCAAAAUGCAAGCCAUUUUAUGGCUGAAGUACAAAUUUUAAGGUAAGAAUAUACUCACUAGCCUUUGACUCUGAAGAUUAUUCCCUCACAGGUUGCCGAAACGUCAGUCACUGUCAACAACAGUUCUAUUCAGGACUACGCUCAUCGGGACGAUCAUGAAUUAUUCCACCUACUUAUAAAAAGAUUCCUGUCUCAAACCUUUCACUGUUGUAGAUAUGAGUCAUGCACAUAAAUUUUCCGUAGAACUGUCAUCCAAAAGCUACUUCGUGUUCUUUUAUGAUAUCAUUGCUGAUUGUUGAUGUGAAACGUUUCAGAGGCUUUGCCCUCCAGAGACGAACAAAGCCACUUGGUUGUAUAGCUCAGUUGCUUUUUUCUUAGGUAAAUUAGGCCUGGGCCUAGAUCUAUUUUAUAUAAAAGUAAAGAGUGUGGCCUAAAACUUGAUCCAUUUUAUAUACCGUAAAAUUCCGAAAAUAAGCCCCUCCAAAUAUAAGCCCCUCAAAAUCAUACCGCAAAAAACCCUCCGUUAAGUCGCCCCUCCGAAUAUAAGCCCCCCGGGGGCUUGUACUUGGAAUUUGCUCUCGAAUACAAAGUAAAACAAAGCAAAAAUGGUAAAUUUCCUUCCCACUACAAGCUAGCCCAAUCGAUUUUGAAACGCAAAUUUCCUUCCGUACAUAAGCCUCUCCAAAAAUAAGCCCCUCAAAAAGGGCCUUUGAAAAAUAUAAGCCCCGGGGCUUGUCUCCUUUAAAUGCUGUUUUGGAUCAUAUAUUGUCACGUGAAGUGUGAAAGUUAUUUGUUGCUCAAAAAUCUUCCCAGCUAAUCGGCAACAAUUUUUAUUAUAGUCUGGUGGCUGCGUUUAGGUUUAUGAUAUUGACGCUAUUAGGUACAUCAUUUGUGCUUGGACAUCUUGAGAAAAUUUAGAAUAAAAGUCCGGAAAAAGAAUUCUUUGUCAUUGGGGGACUGGGCACUAAAACAAAAUGCCGUAUUUUUUCAAAACCAAUGACAUAUCUAACAAAGGCCAAGCACAGUUCGUUUCCUUUUACCAUUUUAAUGCACCUAAUUGUAACAAACCUAAAGGGCUGAAAGCAUAAACGGUUGCAGUUUUUACUUUUGAACUGUUUGUCCGUACCAAGUCACGUGAACUUAUUUGCAUAGGAGAUCAAGGGAUGGCGCAGUGGUGAGAGCGCUCGCCUCCCACCAAUGUGGCCCGGGUUCAAAUCCCGGCGUUGACGCCGUAUGUGGGUUGAGUUUGUUGUUUAUUCUCUCCUUUGCUACGAGAGGUUUUUCUCCGGGUACUCCGGUUUUCCCCUCUCCCCAAAAGCCAACAUUUCCAAAUUCCAAUUUGAUCAGGAAUCAGGGAGACGAAGAACCACUUUGUGGAUGUGCUACCUCCAAAUCAUUAUUUAUUGUUAUUUAUUUAUACAUAUCUUCCACAUCAAUAUAACCAGAUUUGUGACCUUAUUAGUCUGCCAAAGUUUUAGGUUGCUAUGAACAAACUUUAAGAAGUCAGACCACUCCCAUACUUUUUCGUGCAAUGACUUGGAAUGAAGAACCUCGUUCCCAGGUUCUCACUCCUACCCGAGAGAACCCUGGGAAAGAGGUUGUAACUGGAAUAAAUGGACCCUUCCACGGUUUUUUCAAACUUUUGACAUGGACUAGUUAGGGCAGAUCUGUCGAAACCGAUAGAAAGAACGCCUAACCAUUACUAAAAUUGUCAAAUUUGAAAGUGAUGCCACUUAACGAGCGAAGGUAUAGCCCCCUCAAAGUAGCGAAAAUUUACAGACGAUUGUAUGUUAUGCUCCACCAUAAAAACGUCUGUAAAAUUAAUUAUUUGCCUUCAUUUAAUUAUUUGCCUUAUUAGCUAAGAGUUCGAGAAAAAAUAAGGCCAAUUCAUAUGAUUCAUUUAUUCUUUUUACUUUAUUUGUAGGAAAUUGAGGCACCCGCACAUUGUAAAGUUUUAUGGCACAUCUCUGCUGUGGGAGGAAAAUUCCGUGAGAAUUAUUCUGGUUUUAGAAUGGUGUAAGGACGACUUACGCAGUCACAUCUCUAAAAAUAAGGAGUUAAUUCCAGGGAAAUCAAGGAGUGAUGACGCCAUUCCAAACGUCUAUCAAUGGGUCAAUCAAAUCAUUGAUGCCCUAGCAUACCUUCAUGAACAAGGGAUUGUCCACAGAGACCUUAAGCUAGAUAACGUCUUGGUAAGUGAGUAUACGUAAGAGCCCUUUUAAUGUGCCAAAUUGUAUUUAGUUUUCACAACUAAUUGCGGACACAGCAAAAAAAAUUAAAAUUAGUUACAAAUGAUAAAUAAAUUGCCUAAUGAUUGCUUCGCAAGAGGCAUGAGACUCUGAGUAGCAAUAAAUGCUCAAGACUUAAUCUAGUUCCAUCAGUCUACCUACAAUCAAAAUAUGUGGGAUUUAUAAAUUUUACAAUAAAACAAGAGGUAUAUAAAAGGUUGUCUCUGAGAAUUGCAAAGGUUACAGCACUUAUUGUUGUUGUUUUACUGUGAAAUUAGGUCUUUUUUCCUAAUGGUAAGAUGCAAAAUUGCGUUUUUUGGUUCGUUCUUUGUUCAAAAGUAGUGUACGGGGCGAUCCUUACUUGACACUCAUCGAGUAGUUAUAACUGUAUGACAGCAAAUUACUUAUUAAAAAAGUUUAGUUUACCAGCACUGGAUUGAAACUUCCUUAUCAAGUCAGUAGUAAACGUUAAACGGGUGUCUGCCAUCUCAGUCAUAAAUUUAUGACCUAGCUGGGAGCUCGCGUCUGUUGCAAAGUGUAGUUCCUUCGGCUAGUGACAGUGCUUGACUGUACGAACUGUUAGGAUAUAUGAUUUUAAGUGCCUUUUUUUGCACGGACUCUAUUCUAUCUGACAGAUAGUCAGGAAUAUCUUGCCACACCUGCACAGCAUAUUCUAAAAUCGGUCCACUACUUCUAAAGACUUUAAAUGUCUUGUUCUUGCUCGCCAGCUCUCUUUAAUAGUCUCAGAGCGUAAAGUUUCUUUGAUGCCUCAGCGGUAAUAUAGUCAAAAUAGGUAAUAUAGUUUAAACCUGUUGUCUACUAUUAAUCCAUUUAAUGCAUAUAAGACAACCUGUGACUGUUGAAAAGACACCAGAGAAAGUUCCAAAAUUAGCCCGCAAAGUUCACCAUUUUAGAGAAAAAAAAACGGUCUUUUUUUAAAAAUUCUUAAACUUUCUAGCCUGGGAAGAAAGGAGGUUGAGGGAUUCAACGAAAGCAUAGUGUAAGUAAUUUCCUCGGGCCUAGCCAUCUUUGAAAACUUGAACUUCGUUUCUGAUUCGAAAAAGGUAUUAGUAGUGAAAAGCAAGUAAUCCUCCUUUUUAACUUAGAUUUCUUUUUCUUUGAAGCUGUCAGAGGAAAACUCAGUGAAAGUUACAGACGUUGGCAUAUCAAAAGCAGCAGUAGACAUUACUGGUACCCUUGCUGGAAGCCCUGCCUACAUCGCACCAGAAGUGAUCAAAUCCCAGGUGUAUAACAGUAAAGCAGAUAUCUACAGUCUUGGGAUAUUGUUGUGGGAGAUAUGGUACGGAGAACAAGCCUUCGCCGGAACCGAAUUAGCAUUAGAUGCUUUCUUUAAGAUGGUAGAUGAUGGUGGUCGUCCCAAACUUUUGGAAGGUUGUCGAAAACCUGACUCUCGCUCGGAAGAGCUAAUGGAGAAGUGUUGGAAUGAGGAUCCUGAGAAACGCCCCUCAGCUAAAGAAUGCUUGAAAAGUAUUUCAGCCAUUUUGAAAACCGAAUAA